AUGCAGCCACUAUUCAAUCCAUUCAAUCCAAUCUCCGAUUCUCACCAACAGCCCCGAAGCUAUGAUCUGGAGGGAGACUUCCCGCUAGACGGAACGGACCUGGUCACAGACGAGACUCUAGUGACUCUUCUUAGUUCUGCUCCUGUGAUGCAUAAAUUUGGCUCCACAAAACUUGUUCGACUAUCACGGCAUUUGGUGUUGAAAGGCGGCGGAAGUGUCCUACCAUGCGAAGCAGAGACGCUCAAAUUCGUUGCGACCAAAACCGGCAUUCGAGUCCCACGAGUCCAUCGUUCAUUUCAAGUCGAGGAUCAGACUCAGUAUUUUGGCACGAAGGGAUAUAUCGUGAUGGAUUUUAUCGCAGGCCAAUCUCUCGACAAGUGUUGGACCGACCUACCCGACGAUAACCAAAGACAAAUCGCUAUACAGGUUGCGGACAUGAUCAAAGAGAUGCAGUCUAUUGAAAUCUCGCAGCCAGCCCCCUUCGGUGGCGGGAAAUUUCGCGGCCGGUUCUUCACGGAUUAUAGCGCCGGUCCGUUAAGGACUGUGCUGAACUCCAAGGCUGGUUUAACCACAAGCUUGAGAUCUGAUAUAAGUCCUCGAAACCUGGUCCUAGACCGGAAUGGAGAAUGGUUGAUUGACUGGUCGAAUGCCGGUGCAUAUCCCCCUGCAUUUGAAAGCGCUGCUUUGAUGGCUCAGCAGUUUUUCCCCAGCUUCAAUGAAGCAGUUUUGGCUGUUAUUCCACGAUUUCCUGAGGAAGAACUGCAACUUGAUUCUAUUACAUAUGGGCUGAUUACUGCGGCAUUGGCCUAA